ACAAAUACGAUGGCAGGGAGCAACGGAGCCGUCCAUCGCGGGGUAGAGACGAGCUUUUACCCCGGCCGCACACGAGUUUAAUUGCAAAAGACCAAACUGGUUUUCCAUGCCGACGGGGUGAUUUUUUCCACGCCCAGCCGGACUUUCUGCCUCUGUCCAGAAUACUGUGCUGUAAAUUGAAAGGAAGAUAAUUUCUACUUGUGGAGGAAAAGAAAGGUGAAUAUCCUCAAUGGAAGACUCUCAGGAUCUAAGUGAACAGUCAGUAAAGAAGCCGUGUCCAGAGUCCGAUGGUUCAGAGCCGCAGAAUCCCAGGUCUAUGGAAAUGCAGGAUCUAGCCAGCCCUCAUAAUCUUGUUGGAAGCGGUGAUGCACCAGGUAGUUCCAAACUGGAUAAAUCGAAUCUUAGUAGCACAUCAGUCACAACAAAUGGAACAGGAGGAGACAACAUGACUGUGUUAAAUACUGCAGACUGGUUGCUGAGUUGCAGUACUCCCUCCUCUGCAACAAUGUCUCUUCUUGCAGUCAAAACAGAACCCAUGAACAACAGUGAAACAGCAACAACAACUGGAGAUGCAUCGCUUGACACUUUUACUGGGUCAGUAAUAACAAGUAGUGGCUACAGUCCCAGAUCAGCGCACCAGUACUCUCCACAGAUAUAUCCCUCCAAGCCCUAUCCGCACAUUCUUUCUACACCAGCAGCUCAAACAAUGUCUGCCUAUGCCGGACAAACCCAGUAUUCGGGAAUGCAGCAACCAGCGGUCUAUACAGCCUAUUCACAGACAGGACAGCCCUACAGCUUACCCACUUACGAUUUGGGUGUAAUGUUGCCAGGCAUCAAGACGGAAAGUGGGCUCUCGCAGACCCAGUCUCCACUGCAGAGCGGGUGCCUCAGUUACAGCCCAGGGUUUUCCACCCCACAGCCAGGCCAAACACCCUACUCUUACCAGAUGCCAGGUUCUAGUUUCACACCAUCAUCCACUAUUUAUUCAAACAAUUCUGUUUCAAAUUCUACAAACUUCAGUAGUUCACAACAGGAUUACCCGUCAUACACAGCUUUUGGCCAAAAUCAGUAUGCACAGUAUUACUCAGCAUCAACAUAUGGUGCAUAUAUGACCUCAAACAACACGGCUGAUGGCACUUCCUCCUCAUCAACCUACCAAUUACAGGACUCUCUCCCUGGCUUGACUAGUCAACCAGGUACCGAUCUACAUUCAGGGGAGUUUGACACAGUGCAGAGCCCUUCCACGCCAAUCAAAGAUCUUGAUGAGAGAACAUGUAGGAGUUCUGGGUCAAAGUCUCGGGGUAGAGGGCGGAAGAAUAAUCCAUCACCCCCUCCAGACAGUGACUUGGAGCGUGUAUUUGUUUGGGAUUUGGAUGAAACAAUCAUAGUUUUUCAUUCGCUGCUUACAGGAUCGUAUGCACAGAAGUAUGGCAAGGAUCCACCCAUGGCAGUGACCCUUGGACUGCGAAUGGAAGAAAUGAUUUUUAAUCUUGCUGACACACAUUUAUUUUUUAAUGAUUUAGAGGAAUGUGAUCAAGUUCAUAUAGAUGAUGUUUCUUCUGAUGAUAAUGGACAAGACCUAAGUACCUACAGUUUUGCAACUGAUGGCUUCCAUGCAGCUGCAAGUAGUGCAAACCUUUGUCUGCCAACAGGUGUAAGAGGAGGGGUUGACUGGAUGAGGAAGCUGGCUUUCCGUUACAGAAGAGUAAAAGAGUUGUAUAAUACUUACAAGAACAACAUAGGAGGUCUCCUGGGUCCUGCUAAAAGAGAUGCAUGGUUGCAAUUAAGAGCAGAAAUUGAAGCUCUGACAGACUCCUGGCUAACAAAUGCACUUAAAUCAUUAUCAAUUAUCAGCACAAGGAGUAAUUGUGUAAACGUGUUGGUAACAACAACCCAGCUUAUCCCAGCACUUGCAAAAGUUUUGCUAUACAGUUUAGGAGGAGCUUUUCCUAUCGAAAAUAUAUACAGUGCAACCAAAAUAGGAAAAGAAAGUUGCUUUGAACGAAUAAUGCAAAGGUUUGGCAGAAAAGUAGUAUAUGUUGUAAUUGGGGAUGGUGUAGAAGAAGAACAGGCAGCAAAAAAGCACAACAUGCCUUUCUGGAGGAUAUCCAGUCAUUCGGACCUCUUGGCUCUCCAUCAAGCACUGGAACUAGAGUAUUUGUAACUAUGUACUAAAGCUGGUGAUCCUUUUAUAUAUAUAUAUAUAUUUCAAGUACACUGAAUUUUUAUGUGUGAUUCAAUGCCUCUGGCUUUACACAUAUGAAUUGUCUUAAGAAGGGAAGAAAUAUUUGGAAUUAAAAAUUCCAAAUUGAAGAAUUCAGAUUGCUGAAUGAAGUUAAAGCAUUAGUGCUACGUAAGAAAGCUCUAUGGUCUUAUAUAUGCAACGUUUCUAAAUGAAUUAAAACUGUGGAGGUUGCUGGUACACACCAAGUGAGCCCUGACAGGAGUGAACAAUGGACUCAAACUGGCAAAGCACCAAAACGCAUUUUCCAGCCAACAAGGUGGUGUUCAACAACAUUCCUCAAAAUGGGAUAUAUUCUCAGCACUGAGGUUUGAACCAGACUUUAGCCUACCUAACCCAAAAAUCUGAAUUGGAAUGCACUCAGACUGUAUAAUGAUAAUCCUGUCUAGACCUGUAAUAUGUGUAAAUUAUUGAUGAAAAUAAUUUACUGUGACUUUAUUAGCAGCUGAUUUUGGAAGUGGAUGCAAUUUUUCU